AUGCCUACAACAACUUCGCUUGCAUUGAUGCAUCUGACAAACCCUUUAAUUUGUCCAAGCAAGCCCAGCUGUCGAUUGCCUCGACCUCCACUUCCAUCCAAUUAUACCAACGGAUUCGUCUCAUUUGGCCAACGUCAAGCCUGUACUGGUUGGGGACUAUGUCCUGGGGCUGUGCCAACUGGACAUUGGAAUCCAGCAAUAGCAUCUGGAAAUUGGAUACUUAGAGCGGCAUUAAACAAAGCUGUUGCAACGGCCUGGUGGGUUGGGCCUCGCGGUCUGUCUGGAGAGUCAGCAAUAAACUUUAAGUCCAAGCAAUCGACCAGACCUCAACAACAACAGCCGUUAAAACAGACAGGUUCGACUAAAACGAAUAGUGUAAAUGAAAUUUACAGGUAA